AUGGGCCUUAUUUCAGAAACCAAACAAGCGAUUAGAGAUUCGCCAAAGGGAAUUUUUAAUUGGUAUGUUUUGAUAUGCACAUGUAUAUUCGCUUUCUCCGGUGUUUCAAAAGGAUUUGAUGAAGGAAAUAUCGCGUCAAUUGUUGUUCAAGCACACUUUAAAAAGUCAUUUGGUCUCGACACCGAGUCAGAUGACAGCUAUGCAAAUACGAAAGGGUGGUUGGUCUCCAUCGCUACAGCUGGUGCAGUUUUUGGAUGUCUUGGGUGUUUACCUCUAAAUGAUCGAUUUGGACGAAGGUGGACUUUGUUAAUAGCCACAGUAAUAUAUAUUGCAGGUGUUCUAGGUCAAGGUCUUAAUGGUGGGAGUCUUUCGGGGAUGUAUGCAUCCAGAUUUGUUACCGGGAUUGGUAUUGGGGCGACGACAGUCAUCCCACCCAUCUAUAUCGCUGAAAUAGCUCCUAAAGCCAUUCGUGGCUUGUUGACCCUUCAAUACGCAGCAUGCCAACAACUCGGCGUGGUAUUCGGAUUCUUCAUCAACUACGGCGUGACCAAGAGAUUCGCCAACACAGACACACAAUGGAUGCUCCCAACCCUUCUUCAGAUUCUGCCAGCGAUUAUCUGGGGUCUAGGGAUAUUUAUCUGUCCCGAGUCUCCUCGCUGGCUUUUGUAUGUUGGUCAACGCGAAAAAGCAAUGUCAUCAAUGUCCAAGCUACGCCACCUCCCCAUGGACCAUCCAGUUCUUCAAGCUGAGGUUGCCGGUAUGGACGCACGAAUUCUCCACGAAGCUGAAGCAACUAGCAAAAGCAGCCAAUGGGAUCUUCUUAAAGAAACUCUUGUCCCAAUUGAAAAUAGGCGCCGAUUCUUCCUCAUCUUCAUGGCAACCCUUUUCUCUCAGUGGUCCGGCGCAAAUGCCAUCACCCAAUACUCUCCUACAAUCUUUGGCUACCUAGGAAUUGACGGCGAUGAAGCCAAGUUCCUCGCUACAGGUAUCUACGGCGUUGUUAAGUUUGUCAGCACACUUGCAUUCGCACUUUUUAUCGUUGAUUUCGUUGGUCGUCGUCGCUCCCUGCUGGUAGGAAUUUCCCUCCAAAUCAUCACACUCGUCUACGUGGGUGGCUAUCUUGGCGGAACGAAGAACAUGACUUCCGAGUAUAUUGCGGCUACGCCGACUGUCUCUCGGGCCUCAGUGGGUGCCAUUAUAGCUAUCUUCUUCCACGCUGUUGCAUGGAGCAUUGGGUGGUUCAGUAUGCCGUACCUUAUCGGCUCGGAAAUCUUCCCGACAAAAAUUAGAUCUUUCAGCAUGUCCAUCUCAAUGGGAUUUCACUGGGCAUUUUACUUUGGGUGUUCACGCGCUAUGCCCAGUUUACUUGCUGCGAGCCAGAAGUGGGGAGCUUUUCUUUUCUUCGCUUGCAUCUGCUUUAUUUCGUUGAUCUAUGUUUUCUUCGCUAUGCCGGAUACCACAGGACGGUCACUUGAAGCAUUGGAUAGCCUGUUCCAGAGGCCGUGGUAUACUGUGCAUAAAGUUGCGUAUCCAAAUCAUGAGGAUGUUCAGAUUGAGCAGUUAGGCAAAGGGGACCUUGUACCAAAAGCUGACCAUUUCGAGACUGCUCAGUGGCCGGUGGAGGUGCUCGAGGUGUCUCAGUGUGUUCACCUAGAACAUGAAGAUGAGGCUCAUUUUGUUGCUCUCACUGCGUGA